UGCACUGGAGUAACUGCAGUAAAUAACUGAUAUGGGUGUCUCCCAGGCCCCUUCUCUGAAGCCAUUCCUUUCCACCCUCAGCCCUGAGAUGCUCUUUGGAGUGUAUGCUAUUCCUGUGCAGCACCUGAGUUUCAUUCACUUCGCAGAGCCACAGAGGUGGGGUGGGGAGCUCCCAUCACAGGGAUGGAUCUGCUCCUCUCCCAGAUAAGAUAUCCCCAUUGGGCAUCUUUCACAGAUGUGUACCUGAACCUGAUCUGUUAUAGAGCUGAGGGUUGUCUCCUCUUCUUCAAGUCAUUUUGCCUUCCCAGAGGCACUAAAGGGGUAUGAUGCCCUCUUGUGUGUUUGUCCAUGGCUGGACUGAAGUGAUGCUUCUGCCACAGACUCUCACUGGGCACAGCUUGCAGCACCAAAGCAGAGGGCAAAGGGAUUUGGUGUCUCCUGCCUCAUCAAGAGCACCAUAGAGACUCCGGCUCAGAGAAGGAUGCCCUGUAACUGAGUAGAUUAGUUGCCUCAUCACAUGGUAUUUUACAGGUUUGGGAGAAAGCUACAUCUUCCUGAACUCUUGUGUGGUGGUGGGGUUGGGGUACAUUGGGUUUUUCCUGGCUGAAUUCCAUUAACAGCUCAUGUCUUGGUCUCUCUCCAGACUGUGGAGCUGUUUGUCCUGCUAUGAUGCCAGGGCAGAUUCCAGACCCAUCCCUGACAGCUGGCGCUCUGCCUGGGCUUGGUCCCUUGACGGGACUGCCUGGCACCACCCUGACCGUGGAAGAGCGGAAGUACGCCGACAUCCGCAACAUUGGGGCCAUGAUCUCUCCACUGCAUUUCCUGGAGGUGAAGCUUGGGAAGAGACCCCAGCCAGUGAAAAGUGAGCUGGAUGAGGAAGAGGAGAGGAGGAAAAGGCGCCGCGAGAAAAACAAAGUAGCAGCUGCCCGAUGUCGCAACAAGAAGAAGGAGAGAACGGAGUUCCUGCAGCGGGAGUCUGAGCGGCUGGAGCUCAUGAAUGCUGAGCUGAAGGCCCAGAUAGAGGAGCUGAAGCAAGAAAGGCAGCAGCUGAUCCUGAUGCUGAACCGACACCGUCCCACAUGCAUUGUGCGGACAGACAGCAUCAAGACGCCAGAAAGCGAAGCCAACCCACUGCUUGAACAACUAGAGAAGAAGUGACAGGAUCUCUGGGCCAGGAGGAGGAGGAGACAGGAAGUGGGGUCUCCAAGGGUCUCUAAUCUAUGUACUGUACAAAGAACUGUGUCCCCAGACCUUGUGCAGCCAGAAUUCAGAGGUGAUUACAGACCAACCAAAUAUGGGGGAGGAGAAGAUCAGGCACCUGCCAUUCAUCCUUCCCUGAUGCUGCACCCAGAGCAAGUCUAGUGGUUCUGGUGAGGGCAGCCCCUUGCAAUACCUCAUCGUGGCUCUUCCAUCCACUUGCCUGCCCCAGGGAUCAACUGAGCAGCCUUCUGCAGUCUACCCUGAGUCUGGAUCAAGUUGUGAGGGGAGCAGGGACUUCCAACUUCCCCUCUCCCCGUAACUACCAGUAUGCACCCAGCUGGGAGCAGGGGCUCGACCCAGGAGAAAUGACCACAGGGUGGGGAGCAGGCAGCAGACAGAGGCAGGCUGGCCAGAUCCCCCAGGCCUGUCCUGUCACCGUCCCCCUGGUCCUGCCACUGCUCCUUGCGCACACUCCAGAGCAGAAUCUGAAACAAAGAAGUGCAAACACUUGAUGCAAGCCCCGUCUCGCGGCUGGGCCAGUCCGUGGCACUGUGGCGCAGGCGCCCCCACAAGCACAUUCUCAGUAUAAUGUUUACAGCCCAGCUGUCCCUGUCGGCCGUGCUUUUAAAUGCACAUUUUUACACGUUUUUUAUAUUUUUUACAAAGGUUUUAUACAGCGAUCUCUAUAUGGAUUUAUAUAAUCACUAGAUGUGAUCUUAUAGAAGUGUAUGUUAUGAUGGUCUGUUUGUUACAAAUACAUAUGCUGCAGUUAUCUCCAUUGUGUUGCCUGUCUGGUAGCGCCUGGCUCCUUUCUUCUUGGCAUGCUGGGAGAGGGGUCUGGAUCUCCCCCGCCACCGGUGCUGCUACCAGCUCCAUCCAUGUACGUCUUUCAUAAUACUCAGUUCUGUAUCUCUCAGUAAAUGUUACCUUUACUUAUA